UUUUCAACAUCACUAGUGAUCAGUAACAAAAAACAUUCUCUAUUUAUAUUAUUUAUUUUGUACGUACGUUUAGUUCCUAUUGCAAGAUGGAUUCUCAGAAAGCCAGUUACCAUGCAGGAGAAGUUAAGGGCCAAACUCAGGAGAAAGCUAGCCAGAUGAUGGACAAAGCUAGAGAUACAGUCCAAUCUGCUCAGCAAUCCAUGCAGGAGACUGGGCAGCAGAUGAAGGCUAAGGCACAAGGGGCUGCUGAUGCAGUGAAAGAUACUGUUGGAGCCAACAAGUGAAUUGGAGAAAUUCGAUUUUUGGUUUUCUUUAGUAUUUAUUUCGUUUUCGUAACCGACAUAACUUAUUUUGGAUUGAGGCAUAGUUACUGUUAUUUCUUUAUUUAGAAUUAGUAUUGAGAUAAAGGCAUUAAGUUCGUUAAAGAGCUAGUGCAUAUAUAGGUCUCUUCUUUCAACAUGUAGAUCGAGAGACCACUCAGUGAAUUUCAUUAAUUAUUCAUUAAAUACCUAUGUUCAACGCAUGCA